CUCCGAAUCCAAUGUCAUCACCUCUCAGCCAGUCUACCACUGCACGCGAUGAGGAAGUCCUAUCCCUAGACCUCGAGGAGAACGACUAUCUCUACCGAAUAAAGAGAGACAACCGGAUUGUCUACGUCUCAAUCCUCGACGGUGAUCUCAUCCCACCCGACUCCAGAACAGACAGCUUCCCAAUUCUUUCUCAUCUACGAAAACUCCCAAAGUGGGAUGAAGAAUGGACGACACUCACAGUCCGAAGAGCCUCUCCCGGCAGUACCGAUAGCAUCGAAAGCACUGCGGACGAAUUCCCUCCCCACGGACUAGACCUCGCACAGCUGGAUCUUUCCCCCGUCGUAUUCUACAAUUUCCUCGAUCUGGAAUUCAUCGCUCGGGUGAGCGACCGUAUCUCGCGCGUUAAAUGUCACCAUACCGGCGAGACACGGAUCCUAAAAAUCGCGCGAUUCGCGCACGAGAUCCCAGCUCUGCAGCGAGAGGUAUCCAUAUACUCGGUCCUCGCGGCGUCUGGGUUUCCGCUUUCUCCGCGCGUCGUGGGAUACGUGUAUGAGGGGACCAAGAGUCGGACGGUGGGGUUCCUCAUGGAGGAGAUCGAGGGCGUGGUUCCUGGGAUACAGCAUCUGGAUGAGUGCAGGAAGACGGUGGGUCUGUUGCAUGCGCACGGGGUUGUUCAUGGCGAUUUGAAUCGGUAUAAUUUUCUGGUGGAUGGGGAUAGGGCGAGGGUUUUUGAUUUUGAAGUUGCGGUGGUGCAGAGGGAUGGGGAUGUUGCUGCUGCGGAGGAGGAGAUGGAUUCUCUUGAGGCGAGGUUGAGGGAUGAGACGGGGGUUGGUAAACGAUGGUUGGUGGGCUGAUUGUUAAGUGGUUGGUUAUUACCUAUCCACGUUCUGUUUAUACAUGCUUAGGGCUUUAUUGAUAUUAAUUUCGAG